CGCUUCAGAUGCGGGCGACUGCAGCACUCAAAGCGGGCGUGAGAUCUGCCGAGGACCGGCGUCGCGUUUCUGGGAUUCAUCGGGAAGCGUUCGCGCACUUUGACUUGCGGUUGAAAGUCACGGUUCUAGUGGAUGAGUUGUCAAGUUGUGGGCGUUAAACUUUCUUGUACGAACUUUCUCGCCCCGCGGUUCACUCGCACCGAUGUUAGCGGUCGGGCAGAUGGAUGGUAACCGGCAGAGUGCGUUCGUUCUGGGCAGCACUCCUCUGGCUGCGCUGCACAACAUGACCGAGAUGAAGACGUCUUUAUUCCCGUACGCCCUGCAGAACCCCGCGGGCUUCAAGGCUCCUUCCUUCAGCAACCUGAGCUCUCAGAUCCCGCUGGGAACACCGCAUGGAAUUAGCGAUAUUUUGGGGAGACCCAUCACCUCUGCGGGACAGCUGCUCUCGGGCUUCCCUCGGAUCAAUGGACUCACUUCAGCGGGGAUGUACUUCAACCCUGCGGCGGUGUCUCGGUACCCCAAACCGCUGACGGAGCUGCACGGGAGGGCGCCCAUAUUUUGGCCCGGGAUGAUGCAGGGCUCACCCUGGAGAGACCCGAGGGUUCCCUGUCCGGCACAGGCAAAUAUGAUGCUGGACAAUGAUGGAAAGAAGAAACACUCCAGACCAACUUUUUCGGGCCAGCAGAUCUUCGCCCUGGAGAAAACCUUCGAGCAGACCAAGUAUCUGGCCGGACCGGAGCGAGCUCGCCUCGCGUAUUCUCUGGGAAUGACCGAGAGCCAAGUCAAGGUUUGGUUUCAGAACAGAAGAACCAAAUGGCGCAAGAGACACGCGGCAGAGAUGGCCACAGCGAAGAAGAAGCACGACUCCGAGACAGAGAAGAUGAAGGAGAGCUCAGAGAACGAGGAGGAUGAUGAAUAUAACAAACCUCUGGACCCGAACUCCGACGAGGAGAAAAUCACGAGACUGUUGAAGAAGCACAAGACGAGUAACCUGUCCCUCAUCAGCCCCUGCAGCAACAGCUCGGACACUUUGUGAUGAAACCGAGCUAAAGACUCUUCAUCAUCAUCAUCUUCGUCAUCUGCUUCAGAGUCUUCUGCAGAACCGAGGCAGAAUCAAGCAGGGUAUAAACACAGUUCACGCUUCGCUCUGAACGCGGUUGUACAGUUAGAAGUGGACGUGAAGUGUGUAUAUAUAUAUUUUUUACUGAGUAAAUUAUGUUAUUAAAGCAUCACGGAGACGUGCCAACUUCCCUUUCAUCAUCAUCAUCAU